AUGCCUUUUCCUUUUGACGCAAAUUGGCCGCGUCGUAGAUCGGGCCCUCCCCCAUCGCGGCGGACGUACGCCGUGGCACUGGGAGGCGUCAUCAUCGCCGCCAUCUGCCUCUUCUUGACCUACUUUCUCCUCACCAAGAAAUCGAAGAAUCCAUUUCCCCUUUCCGCCCCGUUUUUGAAAACUGCCACGAGUACGGACGCCGGUUCGGCAAGCCAACAAGGCGUCUUGAAUACCGCCGUCCUGCACCCGGAGCAUCAUGUCCAUCGUGCGCCGACGACGCUUCACCUGCGUUGGAACAUCACCCUGGAAAAUCGCGCCCCCGACGGGGUUUCGAAGCCAGUGUACUUGAUCAACGGUCAAUUCCCGGGGCCCGUCAUCGAGGUCCGGUCUGGAGACGAGUUGGUCAUUGAUGUGCAUAAUGGCGUGGACCAAGUUGGCCAUCCGGGCAUUGCCAUGCAUUGGCACGGGCUGUCGAUGGAAGGCAGCAAUGAAAUGGAUGGCGUGGUAGGUUUGACGCAGUGCGCUAUCCAACCAUUACAAACAUUCACAUACCAAUUUCGCAUCCCGCAUGAUCAAGAGGGAACAUUUUGGUACCACGCUCAUUCGGCUCUGCAGCGUGCCGAUGGCCUCUAUGGUGGACUCAUUGUCCACCGGCCGCUUCAAGACGGGGGGGAAGGGGAUGACGUCUUGUACGGCUACCAGAAAGAGCAACUUUUGCUCAUCGGGGACUGGUAUCACCGGACCGCAGACGAGGUUUUGGAUUGGUUCGUUGACCCGGACCAUUAUGGACUGGAGCCUGCUCCCGACUCUCUUCUUUUGAACGGAAGAGGGCGCUUCAAUUGUUCCAUGGCCGUCAAGGCACGCCCGGUUGAGUGCCAAGACGUGCAGAGGCCCAUUCUUGGACUACUCGACGCCCAGCGCAUUCGACUUCGCGUCAUAAACACGGGAGUUUCGGCAGCAUUCAGCCUGGCUGUGUCCAAUGGUGUCAUGGAGCUCAUCACCGUAGACGGCGGAUAUCCCGUGGACAAGCAAACGCCGGGCACCAAAGCCAUUGGCCUGCUCUAUCCGGGAGAACGCAUGGACAUGAUUCUAGAUCGAACAUGGGAGUAUUCCCACUCUUCUGGGCAUGCCAUCUCGACGAAUCUAACGGUUGAACUCGAUAGGGAGAAUAUGCCAUUGUGGAACUUUGCCCUGACCCGGACUCAGUCCUUCCAGAUGCAAUCAACCGGUCGUGUAAACAAGGCGGCCCCGACACACGCUCUUCCACGGAGACGGUCAGUGGAUGUACUCAAUCUCGCCGACGUGUUGGGGCAACCCGUCGAAGCGCAGCUCGGACUUGGACGGCAACCAGAUGAACAGGCGGUUCUGUAUUCCACCAUGAAGAUCCGAGCUGCCAACCACAACCGCCCAGUGGGCUCGAUCAACCACACAUCCUGGAUCACCCCGGAUGCCAAGGCCCAACCCCUGUUGACACUGGAACGUCAAGAGUGGGAGGCCGCUGUCCCCCAGCCUACCAGGGUGCACAAGUUUGACGUCCCUUGGCUGAAGGAGUCUGGCGUAGACAGAUGGGUUGACGUGGUGGUGAACAACUUUGAUGAUAGGGGGCAUCCUUUCCACCUACACGGCUACGAGUUCUUUGUCGUGGCACAAGCCCAGGGGACUGGAAUGUACAGAGGGUAUAACCCCUUUGACCCGCAGAGUGUGGCCGACGCCGCGCCCUUGAACACGCACAACCCGCUGCGCAAAGAUACCGUCUACGUGCCCUCCAUGGGCUACGUGGUGAUGCGCUUUCCCCUGCGCAAUGACGGCCUGUGGCUUUUGCACUGCCACGUCUUGUGGCACCAGGCGGUUGGAAUGGCGAGCGUGAUACAAGUUGGUCGAAUCUCGGAAUCCCUGCAACAGAAGUCGAGAAGAACGUGUUUACCGGCGUAG